CUCAGUCCCCUUUUAACAAUGAGUUAUGGAAUCUAUGUCAUUUAUCCAACUCUCCUGGGUCUGUUGAGUGGGAUGUUCUUCACACUCUUUUCCCAGGUGAUUAAGGAUAUCACUGGAGGACCAAACGUUACUGCUGGUGUAGCUUUGGGUACGAUGGCGAUAGGUGUUGGCGCGCUUAUUGGUCCAACUGUAGCAGGUGUGAUAUACGAUACAUCCCGUGACUACCAAUUCUCGUUUUAUUUCUUUGGAUCCUGUAUGGUAUUUGCUGGUCUUAUCAUGCUAACAUUGGAACCAUAUGCCACACUAAGACAGCACAAACUACAAAGGCAUGAAGAGAACAACCUGGCAUUUCCUGAAGGCGAUUUACACUCUCGAACUAUUGGGGUAUAUCGUGACGUUGUUGCAUAGACCAUGUUGGUUCAAUAAAACGUUCUUUUUGAAAGGAAGUAACAUGCGGUUGGCGUAGGGUAGAAAUCAGCAAUAAUCAAAAGCAUGUUUCCUAACAAAAUGAGGCCGAUCACAUUGACGUUUAAAAAACUUAUAAACGAAUUGUUCCUGAUUUUGCGCUACGUUGUGGUAUUUAUAGGACACUGUACGCUCGUAUUACAUCAUGAAUGGCCACGGACGAGGAUAAACAACAUGGCGGAUUUGAUUCAUGUUCUCCGACCAAACACUCAAAGGGCACUAAAUUGUGCAAAUAGUAUUUUAGUCUUGGAUCUGAAAUAUAGGACUUACUGGUAUAAAUGUGUAUGUGAAUCGAAACUGUUUUUAAUAAUUAAAACAAUGUUGUAUUCAACGUUUUAUAUAUA